ACACAGCGAAGCAACCAAAACAAACGUGAAUGGACCAUGUUGGCUCGCCAUAUCCACGACUAUAUUGAUUCUAUCGUUCACCAAGUAGAAAUACUAAACGGAAAUGAACUUUUGACCGAUAUUGUCACACGAUCUGUGCAGAGCAUAGAGGAUAUAUCCGCUAAAAUGAGCGAAAUUGCUUGCAAACAAAAGAAUAAGAGGGUCUUUUGGGCCUCUCGCCGGAUUUCCGAGGAGAUUAGGGAUGCAGAUAGAGCCUUGGAACAAGCUCACAGGAUCAUGACCGCCAACUUGACUAUACAAAUUCAAAGCCAUGUUGUCGAAACUCGUGAAGUAGUCGUGGCACAAGGGCAAAACACCGGGGACAGUAGGGCGAACCUUGGACGUUAUUCACAGAAAGAACAGUGGACACAAUCCCUGGAUAAUCAGAAGUCUUGGCGUACAGAAACAGGUACUUCCAAAACCAAUGGGCGUAUAUCCCCCUCAACCUCUCUCGAAGGUCAUGUUCGUGGCAUUGUGGUCACAGGAGGCAAUGUCAAAGUAGACGGCUCUCGAGUCUUGGCUUUCGGCAAGAAUGUAGCCAACACAGUGGUGGAUGGCCCAGACUCUGAACUCUAUUUUCGAGACAGUGACAUCAUAGCGAUGGCCGAACCUAACAGAGAGAGUGCAGAAGCGAUCAGGAUUCUCCUGGAAGCUACGCGAGGUGCCAUUAGCCCAUCGAAUUAG